AGAAGGGACUGCGACAUGGCAGGGGUUAAAGCCCUGGUUGGCUUAUCAUUCACUGGAGUCAUUGGCUUGACAUUUCUUAUGUUGGGGUGUGCCCUAGAAAAUUAUGGUGUAUAUUGGCCUUUAUUUGUUUUGAUAUUUUAUGCCAUAUGCCCCAUUCCUCACCUCAUUGCAAAGCGAAUAAGUGAUGAUACAGAUGCUGCAAGCAGUGCUUGCAGCGAGCUGGCACAUUUUGUCACAACUGGAAUUGUGGUUUCUGCCUUUGGAUUUCCUAUCAUCCUUGCACGAGUUGCUGUGAUCGCGUGGGGAGCUUGUGGCCUUGUGCUAGCUGGAAAUGCAGUAAUUUUUCUUACCGUUUUAGGCUUUUUCCUUCUGUUUGGCAGAGGAGAUGAUUUCAGCUGGGAACAAUGGUAGCUUGCACUCUUAACGAGGAGCUUAUGC